CCUCCUCUUCAUCAAACCAAAUUAUACUGCUGGUCAUACUACUCGCAUCAUCUUAAACUUGACAUACCUGACCCCGGACAUGUUAUCACAACACUCGAGUUUUCAGUCCGAAUGCCUGGACCAAGCCGGCUCUCUCUUUUUUACUCGCCUCCCGAGGGAAAUCCGUGACCUUAUCUACCAGCAGUACCUUGAUGUCGAUGCCAUCACAGAUGGAGUCGAAACGAACCAGCCCGAACACAUGUUUCUCAAUGAAGAACGACCUUACAAAGGCGAUAGCAUACCGCUUGAAGCUAGCUGCCAGAAAAUAUUGUCGGAAAUGCGAUGUGUGAGGCGGCUGCGGGAGGUGGCCAUGACCUUCUACUCGCCUUGGAAUUUCCGGCUCCAACUCGCAGUAAAAGGCCGUCUUGACUGGGCUUGCGUCCAGAAGAUUCGCCUUCAACUCCGUAACGAAGACAGGUUCGACCUCAGAGGCGCAGAGUUCACUAAGAAAGCCCUUUUGCGGACGAGAGAGCUGAAGAUUUUGUAUAUUGACUGCUCCGCAUUCAACGACGCCUCUAACAGAGCAAUUGAGCCCAAUAUCAUUAUCUCUAGCGCGGAUUCCAGUUCCCAAGACGACGAAGAUGAGGCGGGUGAGGAACUCUUUGCAAAAUCGCAUUGGAUAGAGAGCUUGCUCGAUGAUUGUGGCAGGCAGCUGGAAAGGCUGGAAAUGGUGGUACUUAGAGGCAAAGGCUGCUAUCCAACGUUCUGGCCGCAGCAGGUCAGGCGGUUUGUCAAUGACAAUGUCGAGGUGAUAGAGCUAGAGUAGAUCUGUGUGCACAUUGGCGGGGACGCGACACCGGACUUUCUUUAUUCCCUAAUAAUUUCGAUUAAGAAAAGUUUGGCUUUCGGCGCGCACCACCAGCCGCCCAUCUAUCAUAAUAGACCAAAAUAUUAUCAGCAAG